CAGUACACAAAUAUCCGCUCUUGGCACUCUUGGCCCUUCUCGUCUGUAUCACUUCCAACGGAUUAUACCACGACGACAAGAUGCCUUUUGACUUUAAGGCCUACGACCAGAAAUGCCAGGGCUUGACGCUCGAGGAACUACAGCGAGAAUGGGAACACUACACGCGCCUAAUUUCGGGCGCUGCCACGUCCACUGCGGUAUCGGGUUGCGCUAUUCCCCUCACACUCGGGGUCUCGACUAUUGGUGUUGCCAUGGCUGCGCCGGCGAUUCAUAAUGCUCGGAAGAAGCGCGAGAUUAUUGAGAGGCACCUUAAUCGACUUAAUGCGACACACCAUACACGAAAACGCGAUGUUCUUGGGAGCAUGGCGGUCAGCGGAACGAUCGGCGUUGUUACACUCGGCGUUGGAAGCAUGGGCGCUGAUGCUGUUGCGACAGCGGGUGCAGAGCAUGGAAUUCAAUCGAUCGUUGCGAACGAAACUGCUAUUAAGCUCGUGUCGCAUGCUGCGCUUGAUGGAGCGGGUAUGAUGGUUGAGCAUAAACAUACGGAUCAUCUGAAGAAGAAGGAUGCUCGCAAGGCGUUUCAGAAAGCUGGUGUCUUUAAAGCUGUUCAGGAUGCAAAGGCUGCCGAGGCAGGGUAUGCAAUUCAGCCCUAUCCGAACAAUGGCCAGGCGUAUCCGGUUUAUGCUGCUGGAAGUUCCUCUCAAGCACUUCCUCCCCCUCCUCCGCCUUACAAUGUCGCUGUUGGCCAAAUACCUGUACCGCCGACUUACAAUACUACCCCGAACGGAUAUCCUCAAGAUAUCAAGACUCCAGUUGGUCAGCCGCAAGUCCCUCAACAAAGUCAGACUCAUUUGAUGCCAAACGUCACCGGGCAACAGCCUAUGCAGCAGCCAUACGACUACUCCCAGCAGCAGCAGAUCCCGACGUACAGUGCGCCAUCGCCUAUGCCUUCAGGGAAUAGCCUGAUGUUCUCACCGCCCCAAACUCCAGCUGUUCAAUAUCCUCCUCAGACUAUUCAAGCGCCGAAUAUGCAACCGGCACAGCAGCAACCUACCUAUCAACAACAGACAGGAGUUCUACCCUAUCAUCCCGCUACAACACCGCAACCCUUCAGCAUGGCUGCAAUGCAUCAGGCUCUUCCACCUGCUACACCUGCACCACCGACACCAUAUCAACAGCCGCAAGUACAACAGGUCCCGAAUAUCGUCUUGCCUACACCUCCCCAGGACAGCACUCAGGGCUAUAUGCCCCAGCAAGUACAGCCGCAGCCAACUGGACAGAUUGUCGGAGCACCUCAAGCCGGAUACUUCCCAGCAACACCAACUGGAUAUCCGCCUGCUGUCACAGCCCCUCAUCAGCCAACACCUCAGCCUGACUCUGUAGCCCAGGUGCCACCACCAUCUGCUGAUCCAGCCGCUGUCUAUCAGACUCCCGUGCAGCAUGUCGUUCAGUACCAGACUGGAUAUCAGACAUCGCCGACACCAGCUGCACAACCGCAGUAUCAUCAGCAGCCUGGCUACGGGACACCUCAACACACUGGCACAUACCAACAAGCCCCAGCGCCUGCACCUGCACCUGUUGAUCGAAGAAGCUCGUUUGUUGCCCCGCAUCAACCAGCUUUCGCUCCCCAUGCACCAUACAAUCCUCAAGAUUGGGCCCCCAAACCUCAGCAAGCAUAUGCUCCUCAAACUCCUGGCAUGGCCAGUCCACCUGCUCCAACCGCACCAGUCGCGCAACCUCAAAUGCAGUAUCAGAUGCCUCCAACUCCUCUGCCAACAGGCUCAACAGUGAAUCAGUAUCAAUAUGACAACAAAGGUUCAUACUUUCCCGCGCAACCUCAAACCCCUCAAAUGACUGGGCCAACUGCGCAAACCCCUCAGCAAUAUCCACCAGCUAAUUAUCCCGGAACCCCGAUGCACAACCCUGUACAGGUGACGCAAUAGCUGUGGAGACCUCACAGGUGGGUUGCAAUUGGAAUCAUGAGUUAUGCUUAAUUAUGAGAUAUGGAAUAGGUUAGGGAAUUAUUUAGCGUACUAUUUACUAUUCUAAUUAAUGUUUAAGCAAAUUUCCCUUG